AUGCCCCCAAGACAAAGGAGAAGACAACAGGUGGACGAUGAGGAUAUAGAAUAUGGCCUGCCGCCUAGACAGCGAGCGAAUCGCCGUGACUCAGGUAAUGAUAGCGCAAACGACUCUGGGGAUGGAAUGGAUGUCGAUGGACAGGAUGGCAGCAAUGCUGAUGACCAGCUUGCCAAGAAGCUGGUUCGCUAUGCGUUAUCAUGUGAAUAUUCACGCACGCCCAUACGCCGCGAUGGCAUUAAGGAGAGAGUUCUUGGCAAUCAAGGGCGAUCCUUUAAGAGAAUAUUCGCGCUGGCGCAAAAGCAGUUGAGACUUGUUUGGGGCAUGGAGCUACGCGAGCUCCCAGUUAGAGAAAAGAUGUCCCUCCAAGAAAAGAGACAAGCGAUGAAGUCGAAUUCGCAGGCCAAAGUUGGAUCUGGCGCCUAUAUUUUGACGUCAACUUUGCCAGAAGCAUACCGCAGUGCGGCCAUCAUAAAGCCAUCCAGGACUCCUACCUCGGACGAUGAAGCAACAUAUGUCGCGUUCUAUACACUGGUCGUGUCGUUCAUUUGGCUAAAUGGUGGCGAACUCAGUGACCAAAAGCUAAGGCGAUACCUUGUUCGUUUGAAUGCCGACCAGAAUGUAUCAAGCGAAAAAACGGAAGCAACGCUGAAGAAAAUGGAAAGACACGGCUAUGUUAUCAAGAGGAUUGACCGCCCACCUCUUGGCCGAGACGAUGAGCAGACCAUCACUUGGCACGUUGGACCCAGAGCAAAAGAAGAAAUUGGGAUAGAUGGCGUACUUGGAUUGGUGCGAGAGUUGUACGGCGGGUCAUCAGAGGAUUUGGAGAAGAAGCUCAGGGUUAGUCUUGGCAUCAAGGAGCCGCGAAGGGUAAGGGAACAAGGGAACGAAGCUGAAACGAGUGGCACUCGCAGAGGGAAUGGAAAUGAAGACGACUAG